AUGAAUUGCGUAUCUUUGUUCAGCAAUUAUGGAACAUCACUCAUCCAGGAUAUUCUUAUAUCUUAUUGGUGCCAUUGUACUUUGGUGCCACCGUUGUGUGUUGACUUUUACAAACUGAACUUGACAGUUUGCUUUACAUUGUAGUGCUUGGAGUGACUCACGAAAUUUAUUUUUUUGCUUAUCAUUUGCCUUUAUUACAUAUUAAAAGAAAAUCAAAGCUAAUCUGCAUAGAUAAUACAUGGGAAAUAUAAAAUAGGAAAAGGAAAGGCGAGGAAGUCCGGAAAAGCCAUGAAGACUUAUAGGUGAGGCUCCCUCUUGAAAUACCAGUUUAAGUUAAACUAGAAUUUAGAACGUAAUUUAAUAAGUGUAAAGUACGAAUUACGGAAGUUGUGGAACGCAGUACCAUGGUGGUUGUCGAUCACUUUUGCUAUCAGCCUUGGAAAAUAACCCCAGUGCCCUGGGGAACCUUUCGAACUCCUCACCUUGAGAGACUUAAGGCAGGCAAUGCUAUCAUGAGUAUGAUGUUUGAGUCUACUGCCAUAAUACUCUGUUAACUGUCUGUUAUUAUUUACUCAAUUUAUUUACUUAUAAGGCAAUUCCUUUUGAAACUUGCCAAUGAAGUUUGCCAUUUAGACCUCAGUUCCACUGGUGAUUGA